GAUUAUUUGUUACUCUCUUUCUUUUGGCAAUGAUAUUCAUCGAGGCAGGCGGAUCAUAUUCUUCACAAAGCACUCAUGUAUUAUUCGCUUCGGAUGUUCCGGCAGAAAAAGGUUGUUCUGGAUGCUAUGUUAAUGGAGUAUGUUAUUUAGCCAAUCAACAGUGGAAAUACGAGUGUUGGACUUUACAAUGUGAUUAUCAAAAUUAUGGUUAUCCAAUAAUCAGAAGAUCUGUACCAGUCAAAACUCAGUGUAAAGAUUCGAACGGGAGAUGCGUGGAUAAUGGUGUAACUGACCACAGACGAUGCACAUGUGAUGUGACAGGAUCGUUUUAUACAUGGAAAUGUAUAUAUAACAAAUAAAUAACUUGGUCUAAUUGU